AUGGCCCCCGCAGCACCCAUCCUGCCCCCCAGGGACGGCAGCCCCGGCACCUCCAGCCCCAGCCGCUGGUGUGGGCCAGACCCCCCCGGCACCCAGCACCGCGGGGUGAGGCGCUCCCUCCGGCAGGCCCGGGGAGGGCACAUGGAGGGGGGCUCUCCUGCUGAGACGCGGCGGGCGCCGCGGCCUCCCAAGCAGCACGGCCAAGCUCCCACCCCAAAGGAGCGCCCCGAGGCCACCCGCGGCCCCCACGCCAUCCUGGAGAGCAAGGUGAAGGCACUGAAGGAGAAGCGGGGGGCCGGCCGGCCGGGGACCCCCGUGGCCGCCCCCGAGCACCCCUCGCCCAAGAAGCCCCGGUCCCGGCGGGGGAAGCCGGGGAUGGACGUGGGAGCAGUGGAGCCCCGGACUCAGCUCCGCACCUACCUGACGGACGGGCUGCUGCCCGGCGGGGAGCCUGUGGCCGGCGGCCCCCUGGCACCCCACGCCGGCACCCCAGGGCUCUGGCGGGUGCCGGCAGCCAUGGGAGAUGUGCCGGCAGGCACCGAGCUCCCCCGGGACGAGGGCGGCGGGUCCCAGGGCUCUGCCUCCCCCCAUGAGGCACCCCCCUUGGAAGAAGAGGCACGAACCCCGCCGCGGGACCAGGGGGGUCCCUCUGCAUCCCCCACCACAGCGGAGGGCUGGGAGAGGCUCUCCCUGGCCGAGCGGGUGGUGAGGAACCGGCGGCUGCUGCAGGAGGUGCUGGGCCUCGCCGCGGCUGAGGUGCCAGCGAGUGACGGGGACUGGGACUCGGGGGUCUCGCUGCAGGACGCCGAGGGCUGCAGGGCCUUUGUCCCUGGGCAGGAGCUCGAGCUGAGCCCGCGGCACGAGCAAGCCAAGCAGCUGCUGCAGCGCGCCCGCAUGAAGGCUCGGACGAACCCCCUGCGCGCCAGCCACGACAUCCUCCUCCUCCCCGCUGCCGCUGCCCCGCGCCCCAGGGAGCCCAGCGGGAGGCCGAGCAUUGCCCCGCGGGACGGCGGGAGCCUGAGCGACUCGUCGAGCGGGGAGUCGAGCUGCGGGCAGCAAAGACGGCCCCGGGGACCCUCCCCGUCCCGCGUCCGCUUCGAGGACGAGUCGGCCCGCGACGCCGAGGUGCGCUACCUGGAGCGGCUGGCGCUGCGGGCCCGGACGCUGGGCCCCCGGGGGUCCCCACUGUGGAUCCUUCCCUCCCGACAGCGCAUCCACACCGAGACGAUCAAGGAGACAUACAUCGGGAACGUCACCUACAUCGAUGAGGUGGACUCGGCCCUGGAGAGCACCGACACCUCUGAUGGCUGCCGGACAGACAGCGAGGAGGCAGGACCCCGCAGCCCCCACCCACGGGGGCACCGGGACCCCCGGGCUCGUGGGCAUAGGGCCCCCCGUGCUGGCCCACAGCCGGAGCCAAGGGCUGGGAAGGGAACGUGUGCUGCCAGUGGUGGCCCCUGCGCAGGGGACGGGGGCUCGGGUGGCACCACGAGCCGGCUGGGGGCUGCUUGCCCCCCGCUGCUGGAGAGAGCCGGCAGCCAGGAGGAGGGGGACCCCCGACAGCAUCUGGGGGACAGCGAGGGGGGGGGGAAAGCUGCUUGUCCCCUGCAGCAGCCCAGUGAGCCCCCAGACCCCUCCUCACAGCCGGGGGCUGGCACCCCAGUGCUGGGCACCCAUCUCCCUGCUCCCCCCACCACCAAAAAGGCCUGCUCCCAGGUGCCUUGCAGGAAAGUCCUCUUCUCUAGUGGCAGCCGCCGGGCAUCGAGCCAAGGAGCCCGGGGCCCAGAGCCUGAUGGUGGGAGUGCUGCGCCCCCCCAGCCCGGGGGCACGGCAGGGCCGGGGGAGCAGCGGGGUCCCUGCAGCCCCAGGUGGCUCCCGGGGAGCCCCCUCCAUGCCUUGUCCACCAACAACUGCAACAACAACCGCGGGCAGGACAGGCAGGACCCUCCAGGGAUGGGCAGAGGAGGCUACUCGUCUUCCCGGGGAAGCUGCCGGGACGCCCGGAGCACAGCAGCAGCGGCGGCACCCGUCCGGGAGCACGGCACAGGGGUGAGCGAGAGCGAGGGGCCUCUGGCAGCCUGCGCUGCGCGGGAGCCGGUGCAGCCGGCGAGCCGCAAGGGCAGCAGCGCUUCGGCGUCGGGGCUGAAGAAGCUCCUGUGCAGCCUGAGCCAGAGCACCAAGCAGCGCCUGGGCCGCUUCCGCUGCUACAGCAUGGAGCAGCUCCCGGCCCCUGGUGGCACCCCCCCAGACGGCCCCGGCAUGAAGAAGUCUCCCUCCCUGCAGUCCCUGCGGCUGGUGUCACCAUCACCCUUCUGCCAGCCCCGAAAAGCCGCCUCCGUUCAGAGCCUGCACUCCCUCCUGGGCAAGGCACCCCGUGCCAGCGCCUACCUCCUGCCCCAGACCACGGCCGACAGGAAGGGGGGCUCGGGGCCGCGGCGCUCGCUGAGCGUGGAGGACAUUGGGGUGCCUGGCCGGCUGCACGCGGUGGGGCGCAUGGUGGAGGUCUUCCCUGACGGCACCAGCCAGCUGGAGCUGCAGCGACCCCCCCACGGCGCCUUCGGGUUUUGUGUCACCUCCGGACAUGGCCGGCCCGACACAGGCGUCUACGUGCAGGAGAUGGCGGACGCCGGCACAGCCAAGCUCUACGCGGGGCUCCUGGGCGUGGGGGACAAGAUCCUGCAGGUCAACGGGGCAGCCGUCUCGGGGCUGGGGCUGGCCCGCAUCCGUGAGCUGCUGCUGCGGGCGGACACCCUGUCCCUGCGCGUGCUCAGGCACCGCCCAGCGCCCCGGUAG